CUCUGUGCGCACCAGUACCUGCCGGUUUACCGCUGUAUAAAAUCACCCGAUAUUGCAAUAGUUUACCAUUCCACUCUAUCAGCACUGAAAGCCGGCAUGGCGGACCUUCCAUCGCAAGGAGUCACGGUGGACCCGCAGUUUGGGCACAGCAGGUUUACUAUCAAUAAACUCAUGGGGACCGAGGACAGCUCCAGGUACCGCUUUGGGACGCCCGAACUCAGUGCCGAUGACACUUGGGACACGAACUGCAGUACCCAAACGAACACCUUCGGCUACAAUACCCUGGACGCGGUGCCGCAGUAUGACCACUAUGCCAACACCAUGGUCAAAGGCGUGAAUCGCUGUCACAGACCUUCGCUCGCACAGCUGCAUACUUUCAUAUACGAGCCGGAUGGUUUUCAGCCGCCCAAGACGUAUGAUGCUACAAACGAUGCCGAGGGAGGAGAGGCCGUCAAAGAGGGGGAAGAAGGGGAAAGUGCCGACAAACCUCCGGGAGAGCCGGUCAGAUUCGGCUGGGUGAAGGGGGUCAUGCAUCUCAUUCGCAGCUGCAUGGAGAUCCAGCAGCGCUGA